AUGUCUCCUAGGCCAGCAAUAUUGGCAGUGAACCAUCCGCUCUCGUACUCCUAUUCAGAGCCAACCCCACCAACCAAUGGAGUCAAAGGCCACGACCCGAAAACCGUAUCUUCGCUGGCGAUCCCGGAAACGAUCGAGGAUAGGGUGAGAUAUCUGUACGAACACCAACAAAUAACGAACAUACUUAACGAAUACGGCUAUGCCCUUGACGCGUGCAUGGUAGACCACGACGCCGCGCAAAAAUGGGCCGCCCUCUUCACCAGCGACUGCGUCGUCACCUAUCCAUUCGGUAGCCACAGAGGCAGAGACGGGCUAGCACAGUGGGCGAUGAAUGCUGAGACGAGGUUCUACCGGAUGCUGCACGCGUCCUCCAACUUCACCAUCACCUUCCAAUCCGACACCACAGCGCACGCCCGCUCCGCACUGCACGCCAUCUGCGGCAUCGACCCCGACGACAUCGGCAGAGUCUUUCAAGAAGGCGGCUACUACUACUGGAGUUUCCGAAAGGAAGGCCAAGGUCAAGGUCAAGGCCAGGGGCAGGGACAGGGGAAGUGGUUGAUCUCCUACCUGUUCUUGGACGUCAAUUGGACGAGUGGCGAUUCGUUGGGACUGAAUGAACCGGGCGCAGCAGAUUAG